GACUUCACCGCGCGCAGCUGUCGCGAACUGCGUUACGUGCCUACUAACAACAAAACAAAACGGUUUGCGACUUUUCUCGGCUUGAAAAUAAUGCAAGUUGCUGUGGAAUAGUAAAAAGUUUUUCCUGUAUUUCGUGCUUUUCACCAUAUCUCAGAGUCCUAAAAAAUGAACGAAACGUUUUCCAUCAACCUGAAAGACGUAAAACAAGAUCUGCUGCUCGGAAUAAUCGAGUGCAACAAACGCGGCCUGGCACAGAGCGUCAAAUGGCUCUCGGAGCUGAAUCACGGACUGACGGACGUCUCGGUGAGUUUGGGAGGGAAAUCGUUUGAAAAUCUGCACACCGGCAUCACCGAGGAGGAAUACGAUGUGUACGUGCUGUCGAAGAGUUACUUCGAUGUGCGGGAGUACGACCGGUCGGCGUACUUUACCCGGAAUUGUACGUCGCCGGUGCCGCGCUUCCUGCACAUGUACGCCACCUACAUGGCCAAGGAGAAGAAGCGGCUAGACAACAUGAGCGACAGUUCAAUAGUGAAUGCUAAUAGCCACCUAAAGGAUUUUUCGGAGCUAUUGGCCACGCUUCGGGCGGAGUAUGGGCAACGCAAGUUGGACGGGUACUGCAUGUGGCUGUACGGGGUCAUACUGAAGAAGUUGGAUUUGACCCAGAUGGCGGUGCAAGUUUUCGUGGAUGCCGUCAACGCAGAACCGACAUUGUGGGGAGCUUGGUUGGAAUUGGCUCCGCUGGUAACGGAUAAAACUAUGCUUCUGAAUCUCAAACUGCCUAACCAUUGGAUGAAGCAGAUAUUCGUUGGGUAUACGUACAUUGAGUUGUUCCUGAACGACGAGGGAAUCAAAAUCUUCGAGCACCUUCAGGCCGCAGGAUUCGGCAAAUGCAUAUUCGUUCCAACACAGUUGGCGAUUGGGUUUUCGAAUAAGCGGGAUGUGGACAAAUCGAUUGAAAUAUUCCGUCAGCUGCACGAGGAGGACCCCUUCCGGUUGGAUAAUUUGGAUUCCUACUCGAACCUGCUAUUCGUGAAGGAAAUGAAGACUGAGAUGGCUCAUCUGGCGCACAGGGCGGUGGAUAUCAAUAAGUACAGCGCGGAGACGUGCUGCGUGGUGGGAAAUUACUACAGCAUUCGGGCCGAUCACCACAAGGCCGUGGUGUACUUUCAGCGGGCGUUGAAACUCAAUCCGCGGUAUUUGUCGGCGUGGACACUCAUGGGGCACGAGUUCAUGGAGAUGAAGAACACCAAUGCGGCGAUUCAGAGCUACCGCCAAGCUAUUGAGGUCAACCGCCGAGACUUCCGAGCCUGGUAUGGUCUGGGCCAGGCUUACGAAAUCCUGAAAAUGCCCUUCUACAGUCUCCACUACUACAAGGCAGCCCAACAGCUGCGUCCGUACGACAGUCGAAUGUUGGUGGCUCUGGGUGAGACCUACGAAAAGCUGGAUAAGGGAGACAACGCCCUCAAGUGCUACCAGAAGGCUUACAACGUGGGUGACAUCGAGGGCGUGGCCUUGUAUAACCUGGCUCGUCUGUACGAGCGGCGGGAGGAAAUUGAAAAGGCUAUUCCGGCGUUCCUUCGCUACUGCUCGGACGAAAAAGCCGUUGCAGAUAAAAGUUCCCUUUGUCACGCCUACCUAACGUUGGGCAGCUUCUACGAAAAACACGAGCAAUUCGACAAGGCAUCGCACUUCGCAUACAAAUGCUUGGAAUACGAAGAGUCCAAACGCGAGGCCGAAGCGUUGUUGAAGACCAUCGCUAACAAGAGGUCGGAAAAGGCAGCCAACGCAGCUGCGGCUGCUAAAGAAACGCCUUCCACGUCGGGUAAGGAGAAAACCACCGAUAUGGAUCUGGAGGAGGUGGAGAUGGACGAAAGUAAUGUUGGCCGGAUGGUGCAUAUGGUGAUGUCUCAGGAUGACAUGCUGGUGGAGAAUGAUGAACCGGAGUUCCAGUUGGAGCAGGGAGUGGAUGAUAUUUCUGCUCUGUCGAUUAUAAUGGAGCACGGUUCCGAUGGGAACGAAUAAAGUGCUAAUCUAAUUGAAGGUAUGUUUUGUCCGCAAA